AUGGCAGAACAACACGUCUCUUUCAAAAUCGAAGACCUCUUCUCCGUUAAGGGCAAAGUCGUCGUUGUUACUGGCGGCGGUUCUGGUCUCGGUAAAGCUAUUGCUGAAGGGUUUGCGGUUAAUGGCGCAAAAGUGUACAUUUCUGGGAGACGCAAGGAUACGUUAGAGACCGCUGCGAAAGAAAUUGGGGGAGAUAUUCAUAUAAUUCAAGGAGAUGUGCAGACUGCAGAAGGAUUCAAUGUCAACGGCGUAUACUUCCUCACGGUUAACUUCAUACCCUUGCUGCGGAAAUCGAAGGACCCCAAUGUCUGCGUGAUUGCUUCGUUGGCGGGAUUGGGGAAUAUCAGAUCUAUGGGAUCCCUGACGUAUGGUGUCUCCAAGGCUGCCGUCAUUCAUCUUUCAAAGCUUCUUGCCGGUCGUUUUCACCCAAUGAAAAUCCGUGUCAACACUAUCUGCCCCGGUAUCUUCCCCUCCGAAAUGACUGGUGUCACUGCCGGCAAACAUGAAUACAACAUCAAUCAUCAAGCCGAAAAGGCAGCGCUGCGAAGUACUGCAGGUCGUCCCGGUCGUCCCGAGGAGAUGGUUGGACCCGUCUUGUUGUUGUCUAGUCCUGGUGGAGGGUAUAUGAACUGUGCGCUGUUGACGGUAGAUGGAGGACGGUUGAUGGGUGUUUCGAUUAAUGAUGGAAUUCGGAUGCCGGAUCAUUUGUAUACCGAUGAAAUCUUGGGCUAG